AUGGAUCAACCAAAUUUCCAAGAUUUCUUGCCGCUGAUGGCGGAGAAGCUAGGCGGCGACGGACUGCUUGGGGAACUGUGCAAUGGGUUCCGAUUAUUGAUGGACUCCGAAAAGGGGGUCAUCACAUUUGAGAGUUUGAAGAAGAAUUCUGGUUUCUUGGGGCUCCAGGAAUUGUCGGAUGAUGAUCUUUACAGCAUGCUUAAAGAAGGGGAUUUCGACGGAGAUGGCGCCUUGAAUCAGAUGGAAUUUUGUGUUUUGAUGUUCAGAUUGAGCCCCGAGUUGAUGGACCAAUCUCAGCUUUUACUGGAAGAGGCUCUUGAACAGGAGGGUUUCCAAGAUCUCAACUUUUGUUUGUAAUGAUUCGUUUUAAUUAUUUUUUUAAUUUUCCAAUUCUUGAUGGUUUUUUACGAAUUCUUGAGUUGUUAUGGAGAUGAUACCAAAUUAUAGAGAAACUGACAAAAGAAAUAAAAAGAUUCAUGGGCGUUUGAGAUA